AUGUCCCGGCAGCUGGCGCCGAAUUUCGAAGUGGAAGACCUGUUUGACGCCUCUGGGCUCGAACUUGGACCGGAAGACGUGGAUGGCACCGCCGAUCUUCCCAAGGGAACAUGGGGAAGGACUGGUGAAGAAGCUUGGGUUCGAGAAGACGAACCUUACGCUGUUGGAGAUGACGUUAGAUUGGGCGUGUACCUCUCGGAAACGGCCGAGGAGUGUCUGGCAUUCGCGACGCUGGCGGUCCUUUUACCUGGACUAUUGCAUGAGUAUAUGUGCGCUGCGAAUAAUUCGACAUCUUUUCUGGAUGCCCUUGCUCGCGUUCACGUUCCGCUUGAAAGACAUCCCCACGGCGGCGAUUUGACCCUUCUGCCGGAUCAGCAUGUCAGGCCCAUUUGGAAUAGUGUCGAAGUUGAGAUUGCGCAAAGGAGAGCCGUCAUCGAUGGCCCGUAUGCGGGCGACAAAGGACGAAAUGCCAGUGUUGACGUGACAAAGGCUGCUGUCAUUUUGUGCACAAUCGUCUUUGCUGCUAUCCAGCAUACAAUACCUGCAAAUAUGGAUCAGGAAGAAACAAGACUACCCGAUCCCAAACAUGUCUAUCACGGCAAGAUUGGCAGCCUUUCCGGGCUCCAAUCUGCCUACACGGCCAUCAGCGGAGCAGCUAUAGGCAGCAUUUUGGGCUGCCGCAGCGGCGGCGGCCGCAAGACUGAGCGCGAAUUCAGGGGUCGCCGCUCGUCCAGCUCCGGCUUUCGCCCCGACCGCCGCGUCGUCGCGGUGUACAAGUUCGGGAGGACGAGGUGUGACGCCGUAGGAGCAUCGGUUCCAGUCGCAAUGGUGGUCCCGUGCUCCCCGAAGCCUUUGUAG